AUUGCGCUACUGCACAGUACGCGCAUAUGUUACACACACAUGACACAGGACUAGACUGGUGGUGGUACUUUCCGAACGUGAGAAAUUCUGUCGGAUAAAAAAGUUGCACUGUUGAAUUUUUGUCUCUUCAACAAAAAUGGCUGGUUUACCGUUGUCGUCUCGGUUCGGGAUUCUCAAUGUCAUGGACGCCUCCCCUGAGUUUGGGGAUUCAGACGAAGAGGUCGAAGGGUCGAGAAAGCAAAAAUCACAGCAGAAAGGACACAAAGAUGUCAAGACGUCGAACACUGCAGCUGGCAACAGCGGGGAAGGUUCAUCAAUGAGUGCCAGUGCCAAGAAGCGUGCCAAGAAAAAGAAGAGCAAGCAAACGGCCGAGCUGCGUGAUAUCGCCUUCAACCCUUCAAGCACGAAGGGGCCUGUAGUUGGAAGUCCCCCGACCAGUCCACCGGCCCGUUUACCCCCAGGGUUGGUCCUGCAAGACACGCAGGCCGGGCCGGCCAGCCCGACAUCCCAACUCAGCUCGUUACAACACCUGGUGGGAAACCCCAUGCAGUGGGAGGAGUGGAAACGAAAAGACAAGGGGGUUGUGAAGGAUCGGUUUGAAGAUGACCUGCAGAAGGCCAUCCUGGCCAGCAAGACGGAGUACGAACACCAGCAGCAGUUCAUAAAAGAAGUAGGCGAGGCAGCCAAGGAGGUACUCGAGAGUGCACCGCCCGUAGUGAACCGAAAAGAGCGACGGAAACACCUACAAGGCAAGGACAAACCCCACGCCAUGUCCCUACAUGACUUCCAAGCCGCGCCUCAGAGCACCACCAACGGAGCCAUAGAUGAGAUUGAAGUACCCAAGAAACCAGAUCCAGAUCCCGAGUUCUUCAACAGAGUGGAGAAAGACGUAGCCGAGAUCAUUACAAAAGAAGAACGGGCAACCCUGCGCAAGAAAAAUCAGAAAUUAGCAUCAGAGAAUGUAAGGCGGAUACAAGUAGAAGACAACCUGGAAAAGAGGGACCAAGAAAUAGAAGACAUGAAAAAGGAAUUGGAGAAAAUGAAGGUGGAACUUACACAAGUCAAGAAGAGGAACAAACAGCUCUGCUUCAUUCUGGCCCAGGGAGAAAUGAAAGACAAAGCUGAGGUACUGAAGCAAGUUGAUGAACUGUCAGCAGUGAAGGAUGAACUCACUACGGAGGUUUCUGAACUCCAUGCUGCUUUAGAGCAGGAACGUUCCAAAGUGUCUACACUAAAAUCCGAACUUCAAAGGCUACACGAGAGGAAGAAGUGAACUUCCAAAACUGUUUAGUCUCCAUGAUGAAUGAGUGUUUGGGGGCAUCAGGACAUAUUUUUUUGACAAAACUGUGACAAAACUACAUGUACUUACCACUGACUACCGGAUUUUCUAGAAACUUUAUUGAAAGAAUUUUCUUUUCUUUUUUUAUGUUGAGCAAUACUGCUUGAGAAGCAGCCAAAUAUCAGAACCUGAAAAGCCAUGUUUUGACAUCAGUGGACGUUAAGAGUUAAUUCCUGUUGAUUUAGUGUGAUGUUGUAAACAUGCAAACUACACUAUGCCUUAUUUUAAAUAACUUGAGUGUCUUAACUUUAUUUUUUUUAGCUUUUAUUCAAGUAGACACACUACUCAAAAUCAUCAUUUCAAAUCUAAAUGGAAGUUGAUCAAGUACAAAUUCUCCUGCAGUUGUCAAAAAAAAAGUUGAAAAUUUACUUCAAUUUUUUUUAAAAAUUAGUUUAUCCUCUUCAUUCAUAUUUGUUUUACAAACAAAAAAAGGAAAGCAUGAAUUCACAAUCAAAUUGUAGUUGAAUAAAAUGUUUAUCUUUCAUUACAGCAAAUUGAAUUCCAUAUGCAUUUUAAGUAUUAUGGUUUACCAUCAAUAUUUGUUUUGUUUUUCAAACUGCCAUACAUUUCAAGUUAGCAAGAGAAAUAUGUCCUGAAGUAAAGGCAUCUUGUUUCUGUCCUUGAAGAAUUCCUUUUAAUUCAAAAUGGUCUUAAAUUUCGUAAGACAGUGGAAUCAGGAUGUACAUAUUCCAGACAAAAUAAUGCAAUAUAAAAUCAGUAGUGAUAGCCAACACCAAGAUCAUUCUUAAAUAUAAUAAUUUUUAAACAUAGCCAUGGCUCUUGCUUUUUUUUUUUAAGUGUUACAUUUCUCUUUGUAAACAAGUUUUAAGUUGAUUAUUCUUUUUGGCAAUAAAAAAAAAUGGUUUUUGGUGUAU